CGCGAAGCCAUUCCAUCCAAACAGCACUCUCCUCGUCAGGCAGCACCAUCUCGGGCACACGCCCCUCGUCAGGAUGCUCCCGUACCGUCACGGGUGCACGCCCCUCGUCAGGCUGCACCAUCUCGGGCACACACCCCUCGUCAGGAUGCUCCCGUACCGUCCCGGGUGCACGCCCCUCGCCAGGCUGCACCAUCUCGGGCGCACACCCCUCGUCAGGCUGCAGCUGCACCGUCCCGGGUGCAUACGCAUCGUCAAGUGGACCCUUCACCGCGGCACACACCCCGCCAGGAGGUUCCAUCCGAUAGCAAGGCGGCACCCCAAAUACCGAUGUUCCCGAGCCCCGAAUUCUGCCCCGCAGGGCUUUCUGCUUGUCCUAUUCGGAAUCAAUUUGGGCUGCUCUCAGGCGAUGAGAAUGUUGAAUAUGAGUGCGUGGACUUUAUGACGGAUUUGGACCAUUGUGGAGGCUGCUCGAGUCAAGAUUUCGAUAGGUUCAAUUGUAGGGCUGAUCCCCUCGCGCUGUCUGUCGCAUGUGUCUCUGGGCGUUGUGUUACCACGUCUUGCCAACCUGGAUACACUCUUCAGUCGGGUGAACAAUUGUGCACCCCAACUUAA